AACCUCUCUCAUGCCAACAAACUCUUUUAAGUCUUCAAAACUCACUCACUCACUCAAUCUCUUCUCUUCUCUUCUCUUCUACUCUUUUGUGAUCUGCUAGUUGCAUGCGCAGGUUGUAAUUAAGCAACUGAAAUCAAAGAGUAAUAUCAUCAUAUACAUUUUAAAUCAAUACAAUUAAGAUGGGCACACAUCAUAUAGUUUUGGUUGUAAUUGGUUUGAUCUGCGUUGUGUUUUCCAGCGUAGGAGCCCAACAAGCUCCAUCCACCUCCCCAAACUCAUCUCCAGCACCACCCACUCCUCCUGCUAAUACACCCCCAACCACUCCUCAAGCCUCCCCUCCACCUGUUCAAUCUUCUCCUCCACCCGUCCAGUCUUCUCCACCUCCUCUUCAGUCAUCCCCUCCACCAGCUCAGUCCACUCCCCCUCCCGUUCAGUCUUCUCCUCCACCUGUUCAGCAAUCUCCUCCUCCAACCCCACUCACUCCUCCACCUGUUCAGUCUACUCCACCACCUGCAUCACCACCCCCUGCCUCACCUCCACCAUUCUCUCCUCCCCCUGCUACUCCACCUCCCGCAACUCCACCUCCAGCAACUCCUCCUCCAGCACUCACACCUACUCCACUCUCAUCUCCUCCAGCAACUACUCCAGCUCCCGCUCCUGCCAAGCUUAAGAGUAAAGCCCCUGCAUUGGCACCUGUGCUCUCGCCAUCAGAUGCUCCCGCUCCCGGACUCUCUUCUCUCUCCCCCUCUAUCUCUCCCUCCGGUACCGAUGAUAGUGGGGCAGAGAAGUUGUGGUCACAUAAGAUGGUUGGAUUAGUAUUUGGAUGUGCUUUCCUGUCCUUGCUGUUCUAGAUCGAUACCUCUGUCUUCUCUUCAGAACUCAGAUUGUUAUUUUUACCUCUAUAUAUUAUUAUUUUCUCGAUGUGAUAUGGGAGUUUAUUACUACAUACAUUGUUUGCAUUCUUGAGACAUUCAUUUCAGGGGAGGUUUUGUAUUAAUUGAGGACACUUAUUUUGUAUCUCACUAUUACUAUUAUAGUUUAUCCAUCAUUCGUUGCUUUCUUUGAAUA